CCACCAUACAAAAAAUGGACAACAAGAGUGAAGCAACGCUGGGACUUUUUCUGCUGAUCAUGCUUCAGCGUUUUGUGGUGUCUGGUGGCGUGGAGGUCAGGCCUUCCAUCAACCCCGCCAUAGCCGGGAACGCCGUGACGCUGUCGCUGUUUCCGUCUGAGAACAUAAAAAGUGGAAGCUGGUCGGUGGGACAGUCCCCCGUGGUCACCUGGCAGGGGACUCACCAGGCGGUCUUCCCCAGCCACACCGGCAGGGCGUUUGUGAACAUCAGCACCGGAGCUCUCACUCUGACCUCUCUCACCGUGGCUGACUCGGGCUUCUAUGAGGUGGUGGGAACGGACCCCCAGCUGAGGGCCAACACUUCCAUCACGGUAGAGGAAUCCAUCUCGAACGUGACUCUGAAAGUGACUCAGACGGGCCUGGUGGAGUUUCGGAGUUCAGCCCUCAUGACGUGCUCAGUCUCCUCUGGUUCCUCCCUGUCCUUUCUCUGGACGAACGGCAGCUCUGUGGUCACAGUCAGCGACAGAGUUCAGCUCUCAAAUGGAAGCUCCACUCUCAGAGUUUUAAACUUGACCCGCUUUGACUCUGGACCUUACAGGUGUUCAGUGUCCAAUCCUGUCAGUAACGGCACAAGCAAUACAGAAAACGUUACCAUCAGCUAUGGUCCGGACAACAUGGCUCUCUCUGUGAAUGGUCAGGAAACGACUUCCUUUGCCGCUGGAUCUAAUUUGAGCAUGCUCUGCUCUGCAGAGUCCAAUCCUGCAGCCCAGCUUCAGUGGGCUUUCAAAGGAGAGCUUGUGAACAGCACAGGAACAUGGCUGAAGCUGAUCAACGUCAGUGAGAACCAGACUGGUUCAUAUUCUUGCCUGGCUUUUAACAAUAACACCAGCAAAUACAACAACAUCACCAGAUACAUAACAAUAUCAAAAUUAGUCACUUGGUCAAGAGAGAAGUUCUCAGCUGAACAGAAGAUGGAGAGAAGAUUGAGCCCUGCAGUGACGCUGGUCCUAAUCCUGACCAUAAUAUCCGUAGCAGAUCGCGCGUUCAGCCAAAGCACUCUUGUCUCAGAAAAAGUUUUACCAGUGGGCAGCAAUGUAACACUCAGUGGGGCCAAUGUGUCACUAGGAACAUGGAUCUAUAACAGCAGUUUGAUUGCCGUGAUUUUUUCAAAUCAAAUUAGUGUAAGCAGCUCUUGGAAGUGGAGAACAUCAAUAAAUCCAACUAACAAUGAUUUGACCAUUAGAGGCCUGAAUGUGAACGAUUCUGGAGAAUACAAAUUAGAAGACCUGGAACAUACAGCUGUUCUUUUAAAACUCUCAGUCCAAGUUCCUAUUUCUGAUGCAAGCCUGCAAGCAAGCCAAAUCAAUCUGAUAGAAUUCAACGACACAGUGGUCUUUAAGUGCUUUGUGUCUGCUGGCUCCUUUGUGUCCUACCAACUGUUGAAUGGAAAAUCUACAUAUGCACCCAUGGUAAAUGGCAGCCUCACCAUGCCAAACGUGACCCGUGACAAUCAAGGCCCGUUCAGCUGCGUUGCAUCAAAUGGACUUGGGAACAUGAGUAGCUCAUCAGUGCUACUGAACAUCAGCUAUGGUCCAGACAAGCCAAUGUUAAAAGUGAUGCCCGAGAAGAGCGUGUACAUGUCGGGAUCUGAAAUCACACUGUCAUGCUCAGCAGACUCCAGUCCUUCAGCAACAGUGCAGUGGAUGUUUAAUGGGACGAAUCUCAACAAAAACAGCCAACAGCUUAAAUUAGAGAAUGUUUCAUCGAACAACUCUGGAGUUUAUGAAUGCAUCGUCCACAACUCAGUCACUUUAAGGCACAACAGUGGAAGUGUGGGGGUUAACAUCAUGGAUCCCAUUACUUCUGUUGUGGUGAAAAACACUGGGGGCCCUGCAAUUCUUCAUAAAUCCCUUACACUUCUAUGUCAAGUGACUGGGCCGGUUCAAAACAUUCAGUGGUGGAAAGAUGACCAGCUUAUUUCUCCUAACAGCACGGCAGCAUCUGCUGAUAACCGGACACUGACUUUUAAUGCAGUCCAGCGUUCAGAUGAUGGAAAAUAUGUGUGCAAGGCUUUUAACGCUGUGAGCAACAUGUCCAGCAGCCUCUUCCAGGUCACAGUUCACUAUGGACCAGAAAGGGUGAAUAUUUCAGGACCUAACCUGAAGAAAACAGGAGACAAUGUGACACUCAGCUGCCAGGCGGAAUCAACCCCCCCCAGCCUGUUCAUGUGGUACUUCAAGGAUGCUGUUGUGUCCAACAUGUCCACAUUUAAUUCACCUCCACUUACCAAAGAACUGAGCGGGCAGUACACCUGCGUGGCCUUCAACAACAUCACUAACUGGAAAAGCAACGUCAGCAUAAACCUUUCAGUUAUUGAUCCAAUUGUGAAUGUGACUAUAACAACAAACAAAAUUCCCGUCAUUGAAAACGAACUGCAUGAGUUAACCUGUGAGGUCACUGGAGAUGUUGAUGAGAUUCACUGGAUGGCGAAGUGGGCAGAACUGAAAGAGGACAACACAACAGUUUUCCACAUGAACAACAAGACGGUCACAUUUAUUCCUGUAGAUAUUGACGAUGCAGGAACCUACCACUGCACAGCUGUAAAUGUCUUUGGAAACAUGACCAGUCGUGCCUACAACCUUGUUGUCAACUAUGGACCAAGGAUGACAACUGUUCAUGGACCAACUGCAGCAAAGGCAGGAGCUAGUGUCAAUCUGAGCUGCACGGCAGAUUCCAACCCUGAGAGCUCCUUCAGAUGGUAUUUCAAUGAUGCUGUGGUCUCCAACAUGUCUCAGUUUACCACACCUCCACUUUCCAAAGAACUGAGUGGCCAGUACACCUGUAUGGUCUUCAACAGUGUCACCAACAAAACCAGCAACGCCUCCUUAAUGCUUUCCGUUAUUGAGCCAAUUGCAAAUGUUCAAGUACAGCCAAUGAACUCUGCAGUGGAAGGUCGGUCCUAUAAUUUAACAUGCGGCGCAACAGGACCAGUUGAUGGCGUUUACUGGAUGAAGGAUUCGAAACCACUGCAGGCGGGCAGCAGAAUCAUUUUCCUAAUGAACAACAAGACACUCUCGUUUAUGCCAGCGGAUCGUUCUGACAUGGGAAACUACCAGUGCGUGGCGAGUAACGCUGUUGAAAACAUGACUAGUAAUCCCUACAUCCUCACUGUCAACUAUGGACCAGAUAUGGUAAAUGUCACUGGACCAAGUGUAGCAAAGACAGGACAAAGUGUCAGUCUCUACUGCUCUGCAGCAUCAGCCCCCAUGAGCCACUUCACAUGGCAUGUUGGUGGUUCUGUGGUUGCCAACACUUCUGAGUAUGUUACUCCUCCUCUAACCCCAAGCAUGAGUGGGACAUAUGUCUGCACAGCAUUCAACAACGUCACAAACCAAAACAGGACGGGUUACCUGAACCUUUCUGUUGUUGACCCCAUAAAAAAAGUACAGGUUGAGCCAGAAAUGAAUUCCUGCAUGGAGGGUUAUUCGUACACUCUAACAUGCAAUGUAACUGGAUCUGUUGAUAACAUUUACUGGAUGAAGGACUGGAUGCCACUGCAGGCAGACAACCGAAAAGUUUUCAUGAUGGACAACAAGACAGUCAAGUUUGUGUCUGUGGAACGUUCUGAUGCUGGAAACUACAGCUGCAUGGCUGUUAACAGUUUUGGAAACAUGACUAGCUCUCUUUACAAACUUGUUGUCAACUAUGGACCCGACACACCCGUCAUCCAAGGGUCAGAGUUUGGGGAAGUGGGAAGUAACGCCGUCUUCAAUUGCUCUGCUUCAUCAACUCCUCCAAGUCAAUUUAGUUGGUGGUUCAAUGACUCUCAAGUAGCUGUUACAUCAAUGUUUACUGCUGGUCCUUUGACGUUUAACAUGAGCGGUAACUACACCUGUAUGGCUCACAAUACCGCCACAGGAAAAAACAACACCAACUCAAUUAUGCUCACAGUUAUAGAGGCAAUAACGUCUAUCAUGAUACGAAACUAUACAACUCCAAUUAACGAGAAAAACUUCUCACUCACAUGUGAGGUUGUUGGACCCUAUGACGCCAUCUACUGGAUGAAGAACGGCGAGUACCUAAACGUGAGCGACUCCUGUGUGAGCCAGCAGGCAAUGCACUGCACUGAGAAGAACAUGCUUCACUUCACUCCAAUAACCCUGAAGGAUGAUGGGAAAUACCAGUGUGUUGCUUCCAACAGGGGAGCAGUUCAUAUGAGUCCAGAGUACACGCCCCUGAUAAACUAUGGUCCCAUGAGUGUAACUAUUUCCGGACCGGAUGCGGGUUCAGAGGGCACCUCUGUGUCCCUGAGGUGCUCCGCUGAUUCUCAGCCACAGUGUGACUUCCAGUGGUACUUCUCCAAUCAGAUAACGUUUGUGAAGACGGGACCUGAAAUUACUUUCAAUGUAACACAGAUGACCAAGGGGAUCUACAUGUGCAAGGCAACAAACCCUGUGACAAGCAUCUCAAUGUUCCAAACCAAAGCUUUCGCUCUUGGAGGCCAGGCCAGUGUUAUGCAUUUUGCCGCCCAUGGAAGCCUGAUGUCAAUGAGUCUGCUUGUGUUCACUGCACACAUGCUUUUCCACUGAGGUCCCUGCCAGCCUAGAGGGCCUCCUGCUCACUCUGCAGUCUUUAACAUUGCACUUUUACCACACAAAUCCAAAUAUAACAGCGGUGUGGAAAACUAUUUUCUGAAAAUUUUAUCCAAUGUAUUUUCAUUGUAUGGAUCUAUUGCUUUGGUUGUACUAAAAGCUAUAGUCAAGUUUGAUUAAUGUAAUAAUGCAUUCAGUCUUAAAUAUCUUAUGUGUGGUACAAAUUCUGAUUUUUUUUUUACUCUAUAUAUUUGCACUUUGUCUUUAAUAUCAUUAUAAUAGGUACUCCACUACAUAUAAACAUAUAUAAAAGUCAUAAAUUCACAAAUGUUUUCAUAUUUUGAUUCUCUGGAAUUACUCACUAAUCAAUAAAGACUCUUCCUCUUUCUCAGUGCUCCCUUCAGGGGUCACCACAGCAAAUGUAACCAAUAAAGAAUGAUCACAAAAA